UUACAAAACAAGAAUUCUGAAAAUUCCCCACUUUGAGGUUAUGAAUUGAGAUUAGUGGUGAGUUUAGUUUGACAGCCGGUCUGCCAGACAAGGAAAAGAAAAGCAGAAUCUUCAAAGAAAAUCAGGAAAAUCCUUAAAAAUGACUGCAUUUGAAGAAUUCGGUGUUUUACCGGAAAUUGGACGUGCUGUGGAUGAAAUGGAGUGGACACUACCAACAGAUGUUCAAGCAGAGGCAAUCCCACUCAUUCUGGGCGGUGGGGAUGUCCUUAUGGCUGCUGAGACAGGUAGUGGCAAGACAGGAGCUUUCUGCCUGCCAAUUCUGCAAAUUGUCUGGGAAACUCUCAAGGAUAUCCAAGAGGGAAAAGGGCAAAAAGGUGCUGGGGCAUCGGGAGGUGCUACUGCAAAACCCUGGACAAUGUCCUUCUUUGACCGUGGGAAUGCCUUAGCGGUCUCUCCGGAAGGAUUAAAGUGCCAAGCGAGGGAAUUCAAGGAAUGGCACGGUUGUCGUUGCACAACAGGCGUUCAAGGUGCUGGAAAGUACUACUUCGAGGCUACUGUGACAGAUGAGGGACUCUGCCGCGUGGGGUGGUCCACACAGAGUGCCAAUCUCGACUUGGGUACGUGUAAGUAUGGAUUUGGCUUCGGUGGUACCGGGAAGAAGUCCAAUAGUCGCCAAUUUGAUGACUACGGUGAGGCUUUUGGGAUAAAUGAUGUCAUUGGAUGCCUCCUGGAUCUUCAGGGAAAUGAAGUGAAAUUCAUGAAGAAUGGGAAAGAUCUCGGGGUGGCUUUCCGGGUGCCUGACAAUCUACGUACGGAAACGUUUUAUCCAGCUGUUGUGCUCAAAAAUGCCGAAAUGCUCUUUAAUUUUGGCGAGGAAGCCUUCAAGCAUCCACCGCCGCAGGGAUUUGUUGGGUUAGCAGCUGUUGAUCAGAAGAAUGUCCGGAAGAAUCCUCUGGCUGUUCCCACGGCGGCUGCAGUGGCGGAUGCAAAGCCUAAACCAAAUGCCCCGCAAGCUAUUAUCAUUGAACCCUCGCGAGAGCUGGCGGAACAGACACUCAAUCAGAUAACGCGCUUCAAGAAGUACCUCAAGGAUCCAUUGAUUAAUGAAUUGUUGCUAAUUGGUGGGGUGAGUGUUAAGACUCAGAUGGCUGUUCUGCAGAGUGGUGUGGAUAUUAUUGUGGCCACCCCGGGGCGUCUUGAGGAUCUCAUUGGGGGAGGAUACUUACUUCUGUCGCAUUGUCGCUUCUUUGUGCUCGACGAGGCAGAUGGGCUACUGCAGCAGGGCUAUGGGGAUCUCAUUGACAGGCUCCACAAGCAAAUUCCCAAAAUAACAGCCGAUGGGCGUCGUCUGCAGAUGAUUGUGUGCUCCGCUACGCUUCACUCGUUCGAAGUGAAGAAGAUGGCUGAACGACUCAUGCACUUCCCAACGUGGGUUGAUCUCAAGGGGGAGGACGCUGUUCCGGAGACCGUUCAUCACGUUGUUGUGCGUGUGGAUCCACAGAAGGACACCACGUGGCACAAUAUGAGACAACGCAUCCAAACGGAUGGAGUUCACGCUCAGGACAACGUUCGUCCGGGAAAUAGCACAGCUGAGACUCUCUCGGAAGCCGUGAAGAUCCUCAAGGGGGACUACUGUGUGCGUGCAAUUGAGGAGCACAACAUGGAUCGUGCCAUCAUCUUCUGCCGCACAAAGCUCGACUGUGACAACCUGGAGAAGUACUUGAAGUACGUCGGUGGGCAGAAGUACUCAUGCGUCUGCCUCCAUGGAGACAGGAAGCCGCAGGAGCGCAAAGCGAAUCUCGAUGCGUUCAAGGAGAAGCAGGUUAAAUUCCUCAUUUGCACCGAUGUCGCCGCCAGGGGUAUUGACAUCACCGGGCUGCCCUUUAUGAUCAACAUCACACUUCCGGAUGAGAAGUCCAACUAUGUGCAUCGCAUUGGACGCGUUGGGAGAGCCGAAAGGAUGGGUCUUGCCAUUAGUUUGGUGUCAUCUGUUCCGGAGAAAGUUUGGUACCACGGUGAGUGGUGCAAAUCUCGCGGAAGGAACUGCUGGAAUACCAAUUUAACUGCCCAAAAGGGAUGCUGCAUUUGGUACAAUGAGAUGAAUUACUUGGCUGAGAUUGAGGAUCACUUGAACAUCACCAUUCCACAGGUGGAUAAGGAUAUAAAGGUUCCGGUGAAUGAUUUUGAUGGGAAAGUCGUGUACGGGGAGAAAGUUCUCAAUUCCGGAACUGGCUACAAAGAUCACGUGCAGCAAUUGAUUCCAGUUGUACAGCAACUAGCUGAAUUGGAAUCAAAGGCACAACUUCUCUUCCUCAAGCAUCUCCCAGUACGAUAAAUCUCUUCCGGAAACUACUCAAUAAUUUAUUUCCACAAUUUUCACUGAAAUAAAAACACUAAAAAUUUCCCAGAAAA